CGUCACACGACAUCCCUUUUCCGUUUUCUCUCCCAUCCCCUCCACGUCAAAGAUUUCUCUGUUCUGCAUGAUAGCGCAUUAAGAUUCCAUGCGAUAAGCCUCACUUUUACUCGCGCGAUACUGAUAGACCUGCUACAAACUAUCAAGCAAGAAAGAAUCAGGUUUCUCACAGAACCUUGCGCCAUGUCGCAGUCGCAAGAGCGCGCCGCGCAGGCGCCGCCGGCAUCGCAAACAACCACACAGACAAAUCCACCACAGACAGCGCAGAGUGCGCCGAGAGUAUUGCGGCUACGAGGAGGGAACACCUCAAAUGGAAGAUCGGUGCAGUGGGCAGAGGACGUGGUUGACAACGAAGGACUAGGAAGGAAAAGCUCCAAAGUAUGCUGCAUUUACCACCGACCCAAGAAAGUCGACGAGUCCAGCGACGAAUCUUCCUCAGACUCAUCAUCUUCCGACUCCGACUCCGACCCUGAGCCGGAAAGUAAACGGAAAGUCGGUGGUGAUAAAGACGAUUGUAAUCACAAUCAUGAUCAUGAUCAUGGCCACAGCCACAGCCACAAGCGUGGCAGAAGAACGAAUGGCAAGAAGAAGAGGACACCAAGCCCGAACGCCUACGAAAAGAUACCCAAACAGAAGCCGAAAGAUACGAAGCAAGAAAGCUCAAAAUAGCACUCAAUUCAACUACUCAGAUGACCGCGCUACAGCCGGAUUGGAUCAAGAUCGGAUUUGUAAACAGGCUUUAAAGGGUACAUGCUUUUCUUUUCUUAUCCUUUUUAUGUUUCAGGAUUGAUAUUAGCAUGGAUUGCGGGACAUGCAGAAAACUGGUUUCGAGAGAGUUUAGGAAUUAGGGAAUUUGUUUAUUGCUUGUCAUCAAGGGUAUCAUUGCAAGACAGAAAUUGUUGGGUAAGCCAGGGCAAAUACACCCAAGAAUAUGUCGAAAUAUAUACAGUAGGGCUGAAAACGCCCUACCCAACGAAAAAGGGUUUUUCAAGGUUCCCCGGCCUCAGCCUUCUUCCCACUCUCAACAACAAAAUAUUUUCCGGCUUUCCUUGACGCCGUAGCCAAGGCAUCCCAGUUCUCAGCAUCAGACUGGAUCUGUUCCUUGACUCUACGAGGCCGUUGAUAGUGCCCCACGAGGGCCUCUUUGGCUAAUGCAUCCUUUAGAUCGUCCAAGCCAAUGGUAUUCUCUUUAGUUGCAGCUUCGGUCUCAUCCCUAAUGGCUCGAAGAGGUUCCACUCCCGAGGUAUCGACUCUCUGUACAGCCCGCGCAAAUUGCAGCUGACUCUGGAGAGUCUCAAUCAUUGACUGCUCUUCGGCAGGGGAUUUGGGCAAGGGAAGAGCUGAUAGACGCAAGAGAUGAUGAAGCUGAGCGGGAGUGAUGGUUUCUGGAGACUCGGCAUGUGACUGAGAUGGAAGUAGAGAGCUCACAGACCAGGUUGGUUUGGAGAGUAUGUCCUGAGCUGUUGAAGAUGGCGAGGCUUUGGAUGAUAGAGGAGCUGAGAUGAUUCUUGGAUGAAGACGAGGACAAAGAUGAAGGCUCUUCCUCACGCAUCUAGAACAGAAUGACAUUGUAGCGAUUGAUUAUAGCACACAGCCGUAUCGAGGAAACAUGAAAUAAGCUUCUAGAAGUUGAGGAUCUGCCGGCAUGAAUGAUU